CUCUCUCUCUCUCUCUCUCUCUCUGUGUGCCAAUUUUUUCUCAAACAAAAUGAGAGAAAUUUAUCCAGGAGAAUGGGCUUUUAUGGUUGCAAUGCUAUUGUUCAUUGUUUUUCUCACUAGAUUAUUACUAACAAAGACGGCAGAGAAGAGCGCACACAGACUGCCUCCGGGAAGAAGAGGGUGGCCGCUUGUCGGCGACAGCUUCAGCUGGUACAACGCUGUCGCAAGUUCUUACCCCGCAAGCUUCGUUGAGGAGCAGGUGAAGAGGUUUGGGAAGAUAUUUUCAUGCAGCCUGUUCGGUAAAUGGUCGGUGGUGUCAGCCGACCCAAGCUUCAACCGAUUCGUAAUGCAAAACGAAGGGAAACUGUUCCGGUCGUGCUAUCCGAAAUCUUUCAGAGAUUUGGUGGGGAAAAAUGGGGUGAUCACUGUUCAAGGAGAGCAACAGAGGAAACUACAUGCGAUUGCCUCCAACAUGAUGCGGCUGGAUAAGCUCAGUUUCCAUUUCUUGAAAGACAUUCAGAUGGUCAUGCUUCAAACUUUUAGCAAAUCCCACGACAAUAUUCAAGUUAUUUUGCUCCAGGAUGUUUGCCGAAAGGUGGCUAUCAAUCUAAUGGUUAAUCAACUAUUGGGAGUUAGAAGCGAUUCAGAAGUAAAUGAGAUUGCUCAAUUGUUCUCUGACUUUGUGGAUGGCUGUCUAUCUAUUCCGAUAAACUUAAAGGGUUUUGCUUAUCACACUGCCAUGAAGGCAAGGGAGAAAAUCAUAAGCAAAAUAAAGAAGAUAAUUGAGGUGCACAGACAAGAAGGUGCAUCACAAGUUGAUAAUGGUGUUCUUGGAAGACUGCUAAAAGAAAAAAGCUUACCCGAUGAUGCGGUGCCGGAUUUCAUUAUCAACCUUCUCUUCGCCGGGAACGAAACAACGUCUAAGACAAUGCUUUUUGCUGUUUAUUUCCUCACUCAUUGUCCCAAAGCAAUGAAGCAACUUCUGGACGAACAAGAUAGUCUGAAGAGACAGUGUAAUGGAGAAGAACUUCUUACGUGGCAGGACUACAAAGCGAUGUCGUUCACUCAAUGUGUUAUCGAUGAAACACUUCGUCUUGGGGGUAUUGCAAUUUGGCUAAUGAGGGAGGCAAAAGAAGAUGUUAAUUACCAAGAUUAUGUUAUUCCCAAAGGAUGCUUUGUUGUUCCAUUUCUUUCGGCAGUUCAUUUGGAUGAGAAUGUGUAUGAGGGAGCUCAAACAUUCAACCCUUGGAGAUGGAUGGACCCUCAAAAUGAGGAAAAGAGAAACUGGAGAAGUAGCCCAUUCUAUGCACCCUUCGGAGGAGGUGCAAGGUUUUGUCCUGGAGCAGAGUUGGCUCGCCUGCAAAUUGCUUUAUUUCUCCAUUACUUUGUGACUACAUACAGGUGGACCCAAGUUAAGGAAGAUCAAAUAUCCUUCUUUCCCUCAGCUCGAUUAGUAAAUGGCUUCCAAAUCAGCUUAACUAGACGUCAUGAACAAAGCGAGAUGAAGUGCCAGAUUACUUUGUAAUUUAUUUAUUUUGUAUUUUCAUCAUCCCGCCAGUUUACCUUUCAAUGAUUUGUAAAUUCUUUUACUCAAACUCUCAUGAUCAUAUGUUCUCUUAUAUCUACUAUAUAUAAAUAUCUAGUAAAGAGUUUAAAUUCAUGUAGGAA